AUGACUUGGCGGACUGGGAAAUUGAAUCUUCAAAAUAGGAAGAUGUGUAUUCGUAGCCUUGUAGGGGGCAUGAGUUAUGAGAGAAGUCAUGUAUUAGCUUUCCGGUAUAUAAAAUUCAAAUGCCUAUAUGACCUUUGUGUCCACUUCUCCCCCCUGGAAUUCCUAAGACAGCUUUUCGGAAGAAAUCGAACCCCACGGACGAACUCCGCCCGGAUUGUCGCUCUCACGGCGUUAAAGCAUUGGAAUAACAUUAUCUCGAGUAUGAUGAAGAAGCAUUUCCCUUGCCUUUUAGUGCAUGGGUACUUCAAAAAAGACUGCUGUCUCCUCGCCCUCUCCACUUUUCUAGCGCUGAGCUCUGAGGAGGAAAAGAAGAAUUACAGAGAGAAGGACAGAAAAGAAGGCGAAGACCUUGAUCAAUUACUCGCCCAACAGGUUGAGCAGGAUGAAGCCGAUUACGACUUGGACUAUAUCUCGAGUUAUCGAAUUUCAACGGGAAAGCAUGGCGAUCAUAAUCACUUCCGUAUUGUAGAACAGUAUUCUGCACUUGAAUUCAACAAAACCCAGACACCAACCCCCUACACUCUCGAGUCUGAACAAGCCUAUCUCGCACUUACAUUCACAGAUUCAAUCUGCUUUGACCUUCUCUAUUGUAUUAACGCCCUGGACCUUGAAACGUCUGGACACGGAAGUCCUCUCAACUAUCGUGGUCCUAGGUUGCCUCCAAAGGAGAUUGGCGAUAUCAAAAAGCUUGUCACCAAGGACCGCUUUAGGAGACUUAUUUCAGCUUGUUCAACGUCUGUUCCGUCAACGAUAAUGUUGGCCGUCGCUGAAGGGAUUCUCUGCACUUAUGCUGUGGUAAAAAUGGUUGUUUAUCUUCGACAUCUAGGACAAUAUUUACCAAAGCUACCGACAUCUAUAGCCUUUAUCAUUGCCCUAUUUGUUGCGAGUGUUGUGGUCCAGGACGACAUGUGGAAGGACUCAGGUUGCGCUAUGGAAGGAGUCCUGGUUAGGGCGGAUCCAGUACCUCAUGUGCUGGAGAUGAUACAAAAGGGAUUGUUAAAAGAAGUUGAGGAUGUACCAUUCAUGACACAUGCUAUUCGGGUACAGCCUGGUGUGUGCAAAGCGAACAAAGCUUUCUUCGAAAAUGCACUGAAUUGCCAUUGGGAAAGCUCCGUAAAAGAUUUUCUGAGCUUCCUGUUCAUUUGUUUGAAACAGUUUGCCCCGUCCUACUGGCGUCAAUCAGCGGUAUGCAUGAGAAAGGGCGAUCUUCAAGAGCCAGAUAUUGCGAGGAAAGUAAAUCUCGAAUCCUGGUAG